AUGAAGACUACGUGGAAAGAUAUCCCUCCGGUGCCCACCAGCCAGGAAUUUCUGGAUAUCGUCCUCAGUCGUACACAGCGACAGCUGCCCACUCAGAUCCGUGCGGGCUUCAAGAUCAGCCGUAUUCGAGGUUUCUACACCCGAAAGGUCAAGUACACCCAAGAGACAUUCGGUGAGAAAUUCCAGGCAAUUUUGGAUGGAUUCCCUAGAUUGCAGGACAUCCACCCUUUCCACAAGGAUUUGAUGAACACACUCUACGAUGCCGAUCAUUUCAGAAUCGCCCUCGGUCAAGUGUCAACCGCUAAGCACCUGAUCGAAACCGUGUCCCGCGACUACGUCCGUCUCAUCAAAUAUGCUCAGUCUCUGUUCCAGUGCAAGCAGCUCAAGCGCGCCGCCCUCGGUCGUAUGGCCACCAUUUGCCGACGCCUCAAGGAUCCCCUCGUUUAUCUGGAGCAAGUCCGACAACAUUUGGGUCGUCUGCCCUCAAUUGACCCCAACACCCGAACCCUUCUGAUUUGCGGUUAUCCUAAUGUCGGAAAGUCCAGUUUCCUGCGCAGCAUCACCCGCGCGGACGUUGAUGUCCAGCCCUACGCUUUCACGACCAAGAGUUUGUUUGUCGGUCACUUCGACUACAAGUACCUCCGAUUCCAAGCCAUCGAUACCCCCGGUAUUCUCGACCACCCUCUUGAAGAGAUGAACACCAUCGAAAUGCAGUCCAUCACCGCCAUUGCGCACUUGCGGUCCGCCGUGAUGUACUUCAUGGAUCUCUCCGAGCAGUGCGGCUACUCCGUUGCCGACCAGAUUAAGCUUUUCCACAGUAUCCGACCUCUGUUUGCCAACAAGAUCGUUUUCAUUGUGGUGAACAAGAUUGAUGUCCGACGGCCGGAAGAUCUUGAGCCUGAGCUCCAAGAGCAGAUGCAGGGCAUGCUAAAGUCAGGAGACGUUGAGCUCCUGCAGCUGUCUUGCACCACCACCGAGGGUGUGACCAACGUGAAGAACGCGGCCUGCGAUAAGCUGCUGGCGGAGCGAGUGGCGCAGAAACUCAAGUCUGGAACCAACAGCAUUGGUACCCCUGGUGGCCGACUUGGCGACGUCCUUGCGCGUAUCCACGUCGCUCAGCCCAUGGGCGGAGCGCAACUCGAAACAUUCAUUCCCGACGCCAUCAAAAACCUCAAGAAAUACGACAAGAACGACCCCAACCGAAAGAAGCUGGAGCGGGACAUCGAAGAGGAGAACGGCGGUGCUGGUGUUUACAACAUCGAUCUCAAGAAGACCUACACGCUCGCCAACGACGAAUGGAAGCACGACAAGAUCCCCGAAGUGUGGAACGGCAAGAACAUUUACGAUUACGUGGACCCUGAUAUCGAGGCCAGGCUCGCCGCUCUGGAGGAAGAGGAGGAGAAGCUCGAGGCCGACGGCUACUACGACUCGGACGAGAGCGUCGAGGACGCCGAAGAUGCCGAUACCCGCAUGAAGGCAGACUUGAUCCGCGAGAAGCGCGUUCUCAUGAAGAACGAGGCCAAGCUUCGCAAGUCGCUCAAGAACCGCGCGGCCAUUCCCCGUAGCGCCAAGGCCAAGAAGCUCUCCCAGAUGGAGGCUGGCCUGGAUGCGGCCGGCUACGACGGCGAUGCUGCUCUCGAUCGCGUCCGUUCUCAGAGCCAGGCCCGUGGCCGCCCAUUGACGCGCGAUGCCCACGGCGACGACGCAAUGGACAUCGACCCCUCCGACCCCCGCCAGGCCAUCGCCCGCGCCAAGAGCCGCGCUCGCAGCCAGGCUGCUACAGACCGUCUGCAGGAUGGUGUUACCGACGAGGCGGCCCGAUCCAAGGCCGAGCGUCUGAAGAAGCUCGGUCAGAAGAAGAUGAACCGCAUGGCCAGACAGGGAGAAGCCGAUCGACACCAGACCGUGUCUCUCACGAAGCACUUGGUUGCCGGCAAACGUGGCAUGGGCAAGACGCAACGUCGUUAA